AUGGCAAAGGCUGGGGAGGAACAGGGAGCUAACUCGAACGUCUCUUGGCUUUUGCUCUCUGAUGUGCCACCGAACACUUUGAUAGGAUUGGACACUAACGUAUGGACAAUUGGUCCCAACUUUCGUGGCAUUCGUGACAUCCCUCUGGGAAUACAUUACCUCUUCUUUAACGCGGCUGCAAAUAGUUCGGAUGGAAAACCUGUCUCUGGGCCUCGAUGCAGCCUUUUCCUUGAUCUCUCUAGACCUUGCGUUGUCAAAAAACGCUGGGUCAAGGAGUCUGAGGAGUUUGUCGACUUGCCCGGCAGCGAAGGCGACGUUAACUUGAUGAGAGAAAACCAGUCUGAAAUGCAAAUUUAUCUGGUAGCCUAUCCUAAAGAAAGCUGGGUAGCGCUUUCCUCGUACAUCACGCUAGAUACGGUGGCUAGACUACAACCUUCAGGUAGAUAUAUCUACUCCUGUCCUCUAUUUCUGUCUAAACAAUCAACAAGUCGUGAUCGAGCCUCCCUGACUAUCCCUACGCGUUUGUGGCGUGAUUGCGAAAACGUUACAGCUCCAGAAUCAAUUGCCAAAGGGGAGGAGCAAUUGCCAGCCUUAAAGACGCUUCCGGAGACUGAACAUCCACUCUACCCACCAGGGUCGUCACCAGCACAGAUAAGUCAAUACAAUAUGGAUCAAACCUACACUCUUGAUCACAUUAUCACACAGCUGGAAUGUUCUGGAGAAGGAAAGUCAUCAGCCAGUGCACUGAUGCCUGCCGAGGCUCGUCUGCUUGGCGAGUUUCACUUUGCAUUUGUUGUUUUCCUCCUUGGAGAAGUUUUGGAGGGCUGGUAUCAGUGGCGGCGUCUUCUUUCCCUACUAGCGAACUGUGAGCGUGCAGUGGUGGAGAGACCGCGAUUCUACAAAGCCCUCAUAACGAGCCUCUACCGCCUUCUUAUGUACAGUGGCAGCGACGAAGUAGCUUUUAGCCAUGGCACAGAAGUCAACGUGGCGGGACUCUUUCAGGUGGGCUCAGAAUGCAAGGGAGGGGGUGGUCUUCUGGCCCAUUUCGACGAAUGGCAUGCUUGCCGAAACGAACCCACUUUUCUGCCGCACACGUUGACGCGACUCUUUGGUAACAUCGCCGAGGCAGUAGCAACAGUUUCGUCAGACCGAAGUCGAAUGGUGGAGGACCUAUUAAGUCGCGCAGAAGGUCUUCGCGUUUGCCUUGAGCGACGCUUUAGGGUUCGUCUCUGCGGUCAUCGAAAUUCUGCUGGGGAUGACGGCGGCCUGCCGGCUGAAGAGGUGGACUGGGAUUCCGAUGAAGCUCCUGUUAUUGUCUGUGAAUAG